GCGGCCGUUGCCGUGAGGCGCGCGGGCCGGGAGCGGCGCGGGGCUGCGGCCGUGCGGAGCCCCGUGUGCGGGGGGGCGGGGGAGGUGUGGGCGCGAGGGGGCCCCGGGCCGAUGGCAGCCGGCACAGCCCCACGGCUGAAGCGGCUGCUUACAAAGGCAGGGCGGCCGUGUGCGCUGCGGGAGCCCGAAAUGGACUGUGAGGGGCCCAACCGGGCCAGCCCGGGCCGGCAGGCCUGCAGCGCGGCCGGGUGAGGCUCAGAGCUGGCAGGCCUCUGCCCCCUCCGCUGAGGGUUCGUGCGGCGGAGCUUCUGCCCGGAGGGGCCACAUCCGGCACGGCAGGAUUCGGCUGGCUGUGGGGAGAAAAGCAAGAGGAGAAAGAGGGCACCGGGUGUUGGUGUUCCCCCGGACUGCCACGUGGAUCGGUUCAUUCAGUGGCAUCAAGGCUGGACCUGCUUGCAGCGGCUUUGGACACCUCGCCCACGGGAUGGAUGCAUUGCUGUACAACUCCCCAGUGGCCGGGAGAGCUUCUCCAGAUGCUCAUUGCCAACGGGGCUCCCCCGUGAGUGCGGAUCUGGGUGAUGGUGAGAGAUUGUGGCGAUCUGGGAUGCUGUGUCUGAUUACAUCCUGGAACAGAUGAAGCUGGACAAGGGAGUCCUGGUCCCGGGACUCGGGCUCUUUGCUGCGGUCCGAGAGCAAAGAAACCGCCACUGCAAAGAAGUGGCGGUGUUGGUCCGAAGACCUGUCUUCCAGCUGGACAUCGGGGUGCUGUGGCUGCAGGACCUCCAGUCGCCCACCGACAUCAUCCCCGACGAUGUCAAGAUUGAGCGGCUGAACUACCGGCAGCUCUCGCGAGCCACCGGCAUCUCGCUGCACGUGGUGCAGCGCUGCGUGCGAGAGACCGUCCUCUUGUACUGUCACCUCCUGAGGAACAAGGCGCACGUCUCAUUCGCCUUCAAGAACAUCGGCGUUAUGACGUACGAGGACGACUUCCUCUGCAUGAGGUUCUUGUCCAGCUGCAUUACAACGCUGGAGAGCAAUGCCAGCCUGACUGCACUGCUCCACACUAGAAUUUGGCCGGCCCGUUCUGCUGACUUCGGGUCAGAGACCACCGCUCAUGGGAUCCAGGUGUUGCCGAGGUUUCAGCUCGCUGUGAAAAAGAGCAGAGCAGAGGCCGCCGCAGAAAGGAACGCUGCAGUGGCGCGGAAGAUGAGUAGAGGGGGCACUGCCGGCAGGCUGCUACAGAAGCGGAAGACACUUCCCCCCUCCAUGCUGCUGCAAUACCAGGCAGGCUCGAGGCAGCAAGAUGUGGCAAAGAAGCCUUCUGCCAGCGUGCUCCCGCCGUGUGCAGGCAGCUCCCACGGGAGAAAGCAAGCAGGACAGAAGGAACCAUCUACUCCUGCCCAGACCAGCACUGCACUCCCUGCGACAGAGGACUCUAAGAGAGUGCUGCAGGAGCUCCGGGAAGUGUCUGCCCUGUGGAAUGAAGCAGACCACACGUGGCCCGUGUACCAGCAGCAGGUAGAGCAAACGCGGGCAGAAAGAGCGGCAUGGGAAGGCUGGAGUGCAGGGGAGGACCAGCCUCCACUGCAGCGGUUUGCCAGUGCGAGCGUGUGGGCUCCGCGUCCUCCAGCCCAGCCCCGGGGACAGCAAGUGGGGAGGAGGUGGAGGAAGGAUGUGGAUCCUCCGCCGGGAAGUAAAAUGGGAACAGCGACCAAGCUGGCACUGCAUGCCGACCUCCUCUCCCCGCGAGCAGCUCAGGUGCUCCAAAGGUUGGAGCCCCACCUCCAUCAGCAAGAGGCUUUUGCUGACACCGCGGAAAGAAACCGGCAGAAGCUGGAGCUGAAGCGGCAGCUCCCCUGUGCUCGAUGCUCGUACCGCUCCAGAGGGGAAGGUGCUGGCAACAGUGGUGACGGCGCUGGAGCUGUCGGCAAGGGGGCUGGGAAGCUGUCCGGAUUUCCACCUGUGAAUGGCAAAUCGUAGAAUCAAAGACUUGUAGAAUGGCCUGGGUUGAAAAGGACC